CAUCUCUUUUCCCGGCAUCUUUUCUCACUCCUCACUGAAAGGUCCAUGUUUCUGUAUCAAAAAGCACAUGGCACCACACCACUAAGUUAAUAAGCAGUACCAACGAUAGACCACCACAAGAAAGGGAGACGUUCCAUAUCCAGUCACGACUACUAACAUGAAAUGUAGGCCAGUAGACCCAUCAUAGGCACCGAUUCGAAAAAUGCUUGUUCGAAGCAUUUGAGCUGUUAGCAACAGGUUGAGAGGGCGGUAGGCAUUUGGGUAUAAUGAGUAGAAUAAUGAUGGACUCGCAAGAUGAGGUACAAGUCAUCUCGGAUGAUGAUGGUGAUGGUGCUUGUAAUGGAUUUCUUCCUAGAAUUGUAAGCUCAACAUCACUGAGCUCUGGUGGAAGUGAGUCAGGAUUUAGUGGCUUUUGUGUUACGAACGAUUCCACAGUUGUCAACAGAAGACUUCCUGAUGAUUUAGAAAUCGUUGAGGUUAUUAGAAAUGUUAUGCCAAUUCAUUAUAGAGAGAGAAAAAUGGGAUUUCCAUGGCUGAAAGUUAAGAAGGAAUAUCCCACUUUUUGCAAUGAAUUACCUCUAGAAAGUGUUUCCUCAAACUCUAAAAAAGUAAAUUUGGAUAGUUGGGAUAAUGAUGAGACCACUCCAAACUCGAAGAGACGUUCAUUUGCGGCAAUGAGACCUUCUUUAUCCUCCAUUGAUAAGAGACUUGAGAAAAGGCAGAAACUAAAUUCUUCACUGAUGGAAGAGGAACAACCACCAUUACCACCUUUAGAUUUUGAAGUUACAACACUGGAGGAUUCUGAGGAUGAAACUCUGACUGUGCAGACUUCAAAAGAAAAUGAUAGAAAUCACUUAGAUGGUCUACCCCUUGGAAGUUUUAGGAAGUCUAGUGGACAGAGACAAUGUGAUAAUUCUGAAGAGCUCCCAUUAUGUGGUGAAACCAGUGAUGUUGAUCCCAACAGUAAAAAGUCUACUGAUAAGUCUAAUGAAAGUAAUGGAAAAGAACUGAGUAGUAAUAAAAAAAGUCAUUCAGAUAAUGUGCCUCAUCAUAGUUCCAGAAAGUCCAGUGGAAAGAGACAGCGUGAUAAUUCUGAAGAGCUCCCAGUCUUAGAUGAAAACUUCAAUAGUAACGAUUCCAGCAGCAGAGGGUCUACUGAUAAGUCUGAUGAUGAAAGUGAUGGAAACGCAUUGAGUAGAAAUAGAAAGAGUCAUUCAGAUGAUGUUCCUCUUCGUAAUGUUAGGAAGUCCAGUGAAAAGAAGCAAUGUGAUAAUUCUGAUAGUAAUGAUUCUAGCAGCAGAGCGUCUACUGAUAAGUCUGGUGAAAGUGAUGGAAACGCAAUAAGUCGAAAUAAAAAAAGUCAUUCAGGUGAUGUGCCUCUUCGUAAUGUUAGGAAGUCCAGUGGAAAGAGGCAGUAUGAUCAUUCUGAAGAGCUCCCAGUGUUAGGUGAAAAUGUGGAUAGUAAUGAUUCCAAGCAUGAUGGAAAUACAGCAGGUGAAGUAAGACAAUCUACAAGAGUUUCAAAUAUCAUCAGCAACCAUGAUUAUGGACGAUUAGUUUGGGGAAAGACUGGCAGCUCUAGGCCCUGGCCAGCUGUGAUUGUAUGUUAUGAACAGUGUGGAGAGCAGAGGCCACCUGCUGACAAAGCAUGGCUCCUGUGGUUUGGAGAUUAUCGAAUAACACUGGUGCCAUUACCUGCCAUCAAGGAUUUUGCAAAGUCUUUCCAAGGUACUUUUGUAAAUACGUACAAUCCAAGCUACAACUCUGCUGUCUUGGAAUGUCUCAAGGAGUGUAGAAAGCAGUCUGGAUUGGAAGAACUCACCCAUAAGAGAGCUUAUAUAAGAUGGGGAGAAAAUGGCUUGACAGGCUUAAAGAACACGGCUACUGGAAAAGGUGAAUGUUCUCCAAAUGUGGCCCGAUGUCUCAGCCGCAUUCGGAAAAUGAGGUUACGAGAGAAAUCCUCCACGUCAGAGGCUUCAUUCUUUCCCACAUCUGCAUCCAAUUCUGAAGGCUCAUGUGCAGAGGAAAGGGGCACUUGGAAACCUAAAGCUGCCUUACUGAAAGCUGUCCGAGAUGGUAAGCAUGAUAUAGAAAAGCUCUGCAUAGCUUGUGAUAGAAUUGACUGUGAAGUAGUUGCUCCUCAUCCCUAUUUUCAUGGUGGUACAUGCAGUGCAUGCAAGCGAGUGGUUGAUAUGAGCGUUAGAGCCAGUAACAUGUACUGCAUUAUUUGUGGCAGUCCUGGAGAACUCAUUGUUUGCGACGGUGAUGAAUGUGAAAAGGUAUUUUGUACAGGAUGCAUUGAACUUCUAGUGUCUCCAAAGGCAGUAAAAGAUAUUAUGGAUACUGACCCAUGGGAAUGUUUCUUCUGUACACCAUAUAAAUUGGGAACCCAUGGACUCCUUAAACCAAGACCAGAUUGGAAGGAAAAGGCUGCCAGCGGCCCUAGUGACCCUCAGGAAAACCUUCCAGAGGUUGAGGAUGACACUCCUGAUAUUUCAACCUUCUCUCAGAAACCUAUGAGAGUCUUGUCAUUAUUUGAUGGGAUUUCUACAGGUCUGUUUGUACUGGAUAAACUAGGAUUAGAGAUUGAAUUCUAUUAUGCUGCAGAAAUCAAUGAAUCAGCCAAGAAUGUUGCCUCUUUAAAUUUUGGUCCUAGAGUUGUUAACAUUGGUGAUGUACAAGCAGUCUCAGACAAGAAGGUCAGUAUAAAUGUGCCCCCAUUUGAUCUCCUUAUAGGUGGUUCACCUUGCAAUGAUCUCAGCCUUUUCCCCAAAAGCUUUGUUAACCCAAAUAGAAAAGGAUUGUUUGAUCCUACUGGCACUGGCAUACUGUUUUUUCACUACUUCAGAGUAUUGAAGACUAUUCUUCUUCAUAAUAAGGGUACACACUUGUUCUGGUUAUUUGAGAAUGUAACUCACAUGCCAAGAGAAUUUAAAUUUCAAAUUAGUACGUUUUUACAACGAGAACCUGCCAUAAUUGAUGCUAAGUAUUUUUCACCUCAGAGUCGGCCACGUUGCUUUUGGGGAAAUAUACCAGAUAUGUAUAAACCCCUUCCACCGGAAGUGUUGAAUAAGGCUCACCCUUUAGGAAAGUGCGUUGCUAAGAUCUUUGGCUUCCCAGCUCACUAUACAGAUGUUGGAAAUCUGAGUCUUAGGGAAAGACAGGCUCUCCUCGGUAGAUCGUGGAGUGUAGGGGUAGUAGAAUAUAUUUUAAAACCUUUAACUAAAUAUUUCCCAGUUUGUCAGGAGAAAAGGAAAGAAAAUGAAGAUUCUGCUAAUAAUGAGGUGAGUAGUAAUAAUUUUGAGCACGUACAUAAUGGAAAUGACCAGGUUUGUAAAAGGAAUUCAGUGACCCAGACUUGCUUAGUAAAUACAUUCACAGAAAAUAUGAAAGUUUCAAGAGAUAAAACAGACAGUAAAAGUAAAAACCAUUCAAGCCAUCAUAGAAGUAGGGCAUGUAAUGGCACAAGCAGUGAUCUAGACAGUGAAAGUGAAUUUGAAAAGUUGGCUAUCAGGAAGAAGAAUGAUAAAAAUUAUUCAAAGAGUAGAAACUUCAGACUGACUAGGAAUAAUGUUAGAUUAAGCCAGAGACAGUUUUACCCUGAUUGUAACAGACAGAGUGAUUUUAACCAAGACAAACAAAGGUACAAAGAUAUUUCCUCAGUAGAUGGUAUGUUUUCUUCAUCAUGCAAAGGGUUACCACGAUUCAAGGAAAGUCCUGGUGAUAGUGGAAGUUUUUCUGGGUUCAGCUCUGUUGUGUUGAGGGAAGAGUGCCAACAUUUUCUUGAUAAUGUCAAUGAAUUUGAGCCAUUGGAGAGUCCUAGUGAGCUCUUAUCAAACAUUGACACUGAUAACCUUGAAGUAGGUGCUUCCUUAGCAGAAAAGUCUCCCGCUCUUUUGGUAAACCAUAGAAAAGACAUUCUUGACAGCUCCUCUGAUAACUGUAACAACCCUAAAACUAAAACAUCUUGUAAUGUGGACAGUAUCAUGGUAGAAAAUGGUAAUUUUCCUUCAGAAGUAAGUGAUUGCAGCCUUGGAAUGUUUGUUGCACUUGAAAAUUUUGAAAGUAGUAAUUCUUAUGAGACAGAAUUAUCUGAAUAUAAUGCUAGUGAUCCCUUGAGUGAUAAUAGCCUUUGAGUAUUUGUUUUUUGCUCUUGUAUUAAUAAUUAUUGUUGUUGAUAGGGAAGGUCUUGUUAAGAUUUAUUUGUACAGAAUUUAUAUGUUUUAUUGUAUAGUAUGGUUUGCAAAUCAUUUUUUUGAUGAAAGUCCAACUAAUACAUAUUAAGGUUCCUGCAAAAUAUAUUGAGUCUUAGUCAGUGUUGUCCAUACACAGUACUCUACUACAGCUCCCAGUGUAUUAUGCACAUGCUUAAUCUUCUACUGCAAUAAAAAAGUACAGUAGCCCUCAACUUAGCAGGCACUUCAGAGGUCUAGCUUUAUGGUAAAUAACAAAGACUGGUAGACUGUUUAAGUAACUAAGUUCCUGCUUUUGAAUAUUUUCAUAAUGUCGUAAAGUUAACAGCAAUUUUACAAGGUUCCUGAAAACAAGCAGAAAAUAAUGAAAAUAAUCUAGCUCAUAAGUGACAGUCCAUUAAUUUGAGGUGUUACUGUAAUUGACAAAACUACUUGUGGCUUACAACCAUUAUGUCAGAGUGAGGGUUAACCAGCUCAGAGGCAGGUAGGCUAUGGCUCUCUGCAGCGUAGUUCUAAUAAAUUGGCAAGUAUGACUGCAGUACAGAUAAUCUCAAGCUAUUGUUUUAUUUUAAAUUUUGGUAGUGAAUAUAAAGUACACAUACAGGUAGUUAAUAAUUUGUUUUCCUGCAUAGAGUACUUCUAUUUGAUAAUUACAGUAUGUGCCCAUCAAAUCUGAAGUUAUUGUCUUUUGAAUUGAAAUGUUGACCAUAAAGAAUACGUAUUUUGUGUUAGUUUUGACAUUAUUAUUGUUAGGUAAGGUAACUGGGCCAAGUCAGCAUAUAAUUCAAAAUAUUUAUUGCUUAUCAUACCCCAAUUAUAGUUUGCAUCCCUUUUUGGAUAUUUUUAUAUCUUUAUGGCUUUAUUAUCAUCAUGAUAAAAAGGUUUAGCAUUUCAUUUCUUUCAUAUUUAAUUUGCAGCUGAUUUUUGUUGAUUGUCUAACCAGAUUUAAUAUUGCUUUUGUAAAGCUAUAUUUUCUAAAUAUUGCUUUUAUUUUAGUAUUGUCAAGUACCAAAAUGCAUGUUGCGUCCAUCCCUAUGACCCUAUACAUUAGAUUGAUUAGAUUUCACGUGUUGGAACCCCACUAGUAGUUUUCUCCAUUUGGAAUGGCUUUUUCAUUCAGUGGGAAAUUAAGCAUUUUUGUUGUGAAUGGGUAUAUUUUAAUAGAUAUAUUCUCAACUUAAUUUCAUGUCAAUAAAAUAUAGUUUUGAUAAGUGUUGCAGAUAUUUAAAUGUUGUGUGGAUUCCAGUUGAUUUAAUUUAAAGUGACAAUUUCACACUUUAUGAUCUAAUGUUCUAUACUAUACCAAAUCUCCCUCAAAAGAGUACAAACCUGUUAACUUUGUACUCUUUUGAGGGAGAUUUGGUAUAGUAUAGAACAUUAGAUCAUAAAGUGUGAAAUUGUCAACACUUAAUUUUAAAACUAAAUUCAAAAAUAUAAACAGCUAUAUCAAAAGUUAUUUUUAGUACAAAUUAACCACGAAUUUGAUAUAUGGGUAUGUACUACUAUAUACAUAUUUUCAAUUUAAAAAUUAUACUUUUAAUGAUAGUGUUGUUUUGUCAAUAUUUAGAUUUUUUGUGGUCUCCACUGGAUCAGAUUUAAACUUAACAGAUCUAUACUUAUGUUAUGAGGGCAUCUGAUGACAUAUAGGAAGAUGUUAGUGUCUGAAUGUGUCAUUUUUUUAUUUUAAAAUGUUACAUUGAAAAACACAAACUAGUAUUUUAAUUCCAGUAACCCAUAUACAGACGUAUAAGACGUAACACUCAGCUGCUCUCUUCUCUUAUUUGGCACUGUUUGGUUUGCCAUAUUGGGCAAGGAGAAUCACUGACUCCCACUAUAUAUAGAUUGCACAGCUCUUCACAAAUUAGGUAUUGACAAGAAUCUACUAUGGAGUCGAGUGUAAAGUCUGUGGAAGAUGAUGAUGAACUUAAUUGGAACUAUGCCUAUUGUAUAAUCUGCCUUAUAGUGUGCACCUACUCCAUGAUUUGCCCUGCAUAGGUGACUCUGUGCUAUUUGAUUUUAGAUAUUUGAAAUUUUAUUUUUCCUGCACUUAGCAUAUCAAAUAAUGCUAGAAAAUGCUGCUUCAUUUGUUAAGCUUCCUGUAUCCAUAUAGUUGAUGGUCAUUAGGUACUUUCAUCGAUUUGUUUUAUCAUCAGGGAAAUAGUGUUCUCUGGGUAUCCCGUGGAAUUAUAUCUUGUUCAAAAUAUUGCUGUAGUUAUCAUUGUUUUUUGUAACAAUAGUUAUUAUGAUUUAGACUUGCAUCUAAAGAGUGAAUAUGGAAAUCUUAAAGAACUUUUCAGUAGAGAACUCCCAUUAUGAUCUAUUGUAGUUUGUCUCAGAUAUUAUUGCAUAUUAAUAAUUUUACCAAUCAGCAAUUAUAUUUUCAUGGCAUUAUGGUGGAUGUUAAUGUUCUUGAGUUUAAGGGAGGUAUUAAUGCUAAUUUAAAUACUGUAUGUAUGUACAGUACAUUUGGUAUUGGACUUAUAUUGUUUUUUUAUCACUAUUAAGUUUUUAUAUUACUUUCUAUGUAACUUGAGAGUACUCUCAAGUUACAUGAAAAUGAAAGAGGAAUUAAACCCUUCAAAGUAAAGUUAAUGAAAAUGAAAGGGGAAGUAGACAUCAAAAGUAUUGAGUAUUCAUUCAGAUCAAGAUAUGAUAAGUUUAUGGAUGAAAGAUUUAAAGAAUAUUAAUCCUUUCCCUUCACAUGCAGUCAUAUCAAGUUCGACUGCUUUUAAUAACAAUCAAAACUAAAGAAUAAUAGAGAUGACCCUUCUUUAAAUGCCAGGUGGGAACCAG